GGGAAAGAGACAGCGAGCGGGCGGCAGUGGUUCAUUCUGCAGUGGCCAUAGCGAAAAGCUGUCUUCUCUGCAAAGUCCCUAGGGAUGCAAACUCUAUACAACGGAUUUUAUAGAUAUUCAGUUGAUUGCCUACCAAACGAAACAUCUAUUACCUGAGAAAGAAUCUGCAUACAAAAUAUGAGUUCCCCACGUGGCCACCCUGUCCUGUAACCAAUGGCAACAUCGGUCCAGACCCUUCCUCUGAGCCGUGACCCCAGCAAGACAUUCCGUGACCCCUACUCGACCCCUACCCGGCCCACAGCCCUACUGGCCCGGUGCAGUAUGGGUAGUGUAGGCAGCCUAGUUGAGCACCCGGACGCGUCCCCAGCUAAAGGCAGCCGGGCCGUGCCCCAGGUGGGACCCAGACAGACCAACAGGUUAUUAAAGAAAGGCUUCAACCAGAGAGAGCUGCUCAACUACCUCAACAUCACCAGGAAAGAGGCCAAAGCGGGUAGCGGCCCAGGCAGCAGUAGGAAGGACAUCUUCUCCAGCAUGCAGUCCAUGAACAGAGAGCAUGGACAUGAGGAGGAACACAUCAAGCUCUACUACAAAGACGGAACUGAGGUGGACGUAUCAAAGAACUCACUGCCCAUUGGAGGGAAAUAUGAGAAGGUGAGAAGAACACCUGGUUGUGGGACAACAUAUAGGGGUGAUAUCCCAGGGACAACAUAUAGGGGUGAUAUCCCUGGGACAACAUAUAGGGCUGAUAUCCCUGAGACAACAUAUAGGGAUGAUAUCCCUGGGACAACAUAUAGGGAUGAUAUCCCUGGGACAACAUAUAGGAGUGAUAUCCCUGGGACAACAUAUAGGAGUGAUAUCCCUGGGACAACAUAUAGGGAUGAUAUCCCUGGGACAACAUAUAGGGAUGAUAUCCCUGGGACAACAUAUAGAGAUGAACAUGUAAAACUGCAGUUAUUAUCUAUUCUAUCAAAACAGAUUAUUAUUUUAGCAACAAUAACACACUUUGACGUUGGACUCUUCUUAAAAACUCCUUCAAAGGAGGUCCAGACCAAGAACGUCCUUUAAUACUCUAAAGCCAACAUGUCUCUGACAGAGAACGUCCUUUAAUACUCUAAAGCCAACAUGUCUCUGACAGAGAACGUCCUUUAAUACUCUAAAGCCAACGUGUCUCUCUGACAGAGAACGUCCUUUAAUACUCUAAAGCCAACAU